AUGUUACCUAAAACGAAGCCAGCUGUUCUUGACCAGUUCGCAGAUCCUGGUGAGCCACUCUUUCUAACACCAUAUCUUGAAGCAGGAAACAUUGAUCAAGCACGAAAAUUAAGUAAUGUGGAGAUGCCACCAUACAAAUUUCAAUCAUUUUCUGGUUUUCUUACUGUUAAUAAAACGUCCAACAGCAAUCUGUUCUUUUGGUUUUUCCAAGCUCAAAGUAAAGAUGUGUCAGCACCGGUAGUUGUUUGGCUCCAAGGUGGGCCUGGCUCAUCAAGUCUAUUUGGACUGUUCACUGAAAAUGGCCCGAUUAUGGUUGAUAAAAGUGGAAUGUUACAGCAACAGCCAUUCACAUGGAACUCAAAAUAUCAUUUAUUGUAUUUUGAUCAACCAGUUGGUACUGGAUUUAGUUUUACAACAGAUGAUAUGGCUUAUGUUCGAAAUGAAGAUGAAGUUGCAAGAGACUUAUACAAUGCAUUAAUACAAUUCUUUCAAAUCUAUUAUGAAUAUGCUCCGUCUCCAUUCUAUGUUACCGGAGAAUCAUAUGGAGGAAAAUAUGUUCCAGCUAUCACAUAUAAAAUUCAUCUGGAAAAUCCUCAAGCUAAAGUAAAAAUUAAUCUAAAAGGAAUGGCAGUAGGAGAUGGUUUGAUCGAUCCAUUCAAUCAAUGGGAUUAUGGCCCAGUUCUAUUCCAAUUGGGACUCAUUGACCAGAGACAAUUAUCAUAUGUAAAUCUACAAGCCGCUCUAGCUCGUUAUUACAUUGAACAAAAAAACUUUACCGCUGCUCAUAUUAUAUUUGAUAAUUUUUUUGAUUAUUACUCUAAUGCCACAGGAUUAAAUGAUAUUUAUAAUUAUCUUUUAACGGAACAGCCAGAAGAUCUCGGCUACUAUGUGCCUUUUAUUACGUCCGAAGAUCAUCGACGACAAAUUCAUGUAGGAAAUUUAACCUAUAACAAUGGUCAAAAAGUUUAUGACGCUUUGUCAGACGAUAUGAUGCAAUCAAUAGUUGGAAAAGUAACGGUAAUAGCAAAUAAUUAUAAAGUUAUGAUAUAUAAUGGAUUAUUAGACAUUAUUAUUGCUUCAUCAGUAACAAUGAACUGGGUUGAUAAAUUUCAAUGGGACUAUAGCGAUGAUUUGCGAAAUGCUGAUCGAAUCAUCUGGAAAGUCGAUCCGAGUGAUCAGGAAGUGGCAGGAUAUAUCAAACGUGCGCAUCAGUUUUAUCUGGCAACAAUCAGAAAUGCUGGACAUAUGGUGCCUCAUGACCAGCCAAGAGCCGCUUUUGACUUAAUCGAUCGAUUUAUUAAUGACAAAAAUUUUGCAAUCUAG